AUGGCCAAUGAAGUGAAUGCAGAGUUUAAUUCUAAUCAAGAAGAAACAAAAGUUGUUCCAGAGGCAUCGGUAGAUAGGCACAACAUGGAAAACCUUAGCCUGAGGCAGCGAUUGAAAAACCAUGGAUACCGCAGUAAAGUAAUGCAUACAAUGUACCUGGGGCUGACAUUCAUUGCAUUGGGCAUGGUUGUUGGACAAAAUGGGCCCACAUUCUUAGACCUUCAGAUUAUCACCAACACAGAUUUGGAACAGGCUUCAGCUUUCUUCACUGGUGCCUCCAUUGGCUACUUGACUGGUUCCAUCACAGCUGGGACAAUUUACAGUAGAUUGAACAAAAAUGGUUUGAUGUUCAGUGGAACAUUGGGUAUGGGUAUCGUUGCAAUUCUCACAGCCUAUUGCAAACCUUAUGGCCUGAUGAUAUUCAUUAAGUUUGCUGGUGGAGUUACUGCAGGUUUUGUGGACACAUGUGGCAAUUCUGAACAGAUGCGUAUAUGGGGCAACGAAGGCCAAGGUUUGAUGCAGUUUUUACACUUUGCCUUUGCAUUCGGAGGUGUCAUAUCCCCACUAUAUUCGGCACCUUUCUUGGCACAGAAAGCCACUGAACAUGAAAAUAGCACCAUUCAAAGUGGCAACUCCUCUAUAGCAGAACUGGUCAUUGGUAAUUUCAGUAUUUUGAAUGACAGCAGCAUUGUUACAACACUGGGAAGUGACGUUGUUACAAAUGGUACUGGUGAUUUGACUAUAGUUGGUAACCAAGAAACAAAUGUACACAUCGCUUUUAUAAUCACUGGAAUCUUUUCAGUAUUGUCCGGAUUGCCAUUCCUAAUAUUUUGUCUAUCUGAUAAAAUAAGUAAGAAAGCGGCAAAAAGUGCAACAGAGGCAAAAAUUACUCAAAGAAAAUUACCAAAGCCCAUGUUUGUUUUCAUCUUGUUCACACUUUGUUUAUUUUAUAUUCUGUAUUGUUGCGUAGAAGACACAUUUGCUUCUUUUCUCAUGACAUUUCUUGUUAGAGAGUACACUGAUGUGACAAAAGUCGAAGGUGCUCAUAUUACAGCCAUUUAUUGGGCAUCAUUUGCGACGUCCCGAUUUUUAAUGAUAUUCGUAGCAAAAUUUCUAUCUGCUGUUCGGUUGUUAUAUUUAUGUUGCACUCUCAUGGUUAUUGCAUUCUCUAGCUUUAUAAUUAGUGCUGUGGCUGGGAACAUACUGGCACUAACAGUAUUUGCCGCACUGGCAGGUUUAAGUAUGUCUGCUGUCUUUCCUGCUGGAUUUUUGUUUACCGAGACGGAGCUGUUGAGAGUGACAGCUCCAAUCUCUUCCUGCAUCCUUGUAUCUGCGUCAGUAGGCACUAUGGUGAAUCCACUUGUUCUUGGCUAUCUUAUGGAGGAAUUCAGCAACAUGUGGUUCUGUUACCUGUUGGUUGGAGAAACACUAAUAGUCGGUGCUAUUUUCCUUUUUCUUUUAAAUUUUAACAGACACUUUGUUAAUAAACGUUACGGCCGGCUAGGUUCGGCUGUGAUAGCGUCAACAAUUAACGUAGAAGAGAAAGAAACCCGGCAGCCACUCAGUGCUACCCAAGAUGAAGUCAUUGUUGGAAAUGGUAGUGCAUGA